AAGAGGAAACGGGAGUGAAGAGCAGAAACAGCCGGUAGUAAACGGAGCCUUUUUGAAACCUUGCCCUGCCCCUCCACUCGAUCCCCAACCCACACAGCUGUCUCCCCUCCACCAAUCCAUCCCCAUUCGCCCUCCUCCCCGGCGGCGAGCGCCCGCGCCCCGCAAACCCUAGCCGCCCGCCCUCCAUCCACCUCUCCGUCGCCUCCGGGAACUUACUCGCGCCUCGCGGGAGUCGCGGCGGCCCGUCCCCGAUCCGAGUUCUCCUCCCUAGGGUUUUGUGGGGCCGACCAUGGAGCAGGAGCAGGAGCAGGAAAUCGCUGGGCACCAGUACGCCCUCCAGGUGGGCUCCUACUUCCUGACGGGCUACUACAACGUCCUGGCGAACCAGCCGCACCUGGCGAUCCAGUUCUACACGGACAACAGCAGCGUCGUGAGGCUGGACUGCGAGACGGGCCAGUGGUCGUUUGGAGAGACGGUUGAGGUUAUCAAUGAUAUGUUGAUGUCCAUGAAUAUACAUAAGAUUGAGGUUAAAACGGCUAAUUUCUUAAAGUCAUGGGGUGCGGCAAUUACGCUGUUGGUUACUGGCCUAGUGCAAUUGAAGGGCUACCCUGCUCGCAAGAGAUUUGUUCAGACUAUUCUUCUUGCUCCAAAGCAAGAUGGAUAUUUUGUAUUUAGUGACAUCUUUAAGCUCAUCUGUGAUGAGUAUGAUGAUCAGUACCAUGUUGCUAAUUACAGUUGUGCUGACAACAUGCCCCAGGUGGAUGCUCCUUAUACCAUGGCUGAAACAGCAUCUGAUUGUUUGGCUGGAGAACUUGAGGCGACGGAGGUUGUAGCUCCUGCUGAAAAUCAUGAAGUGCAGCAGCAAGAUCCUUUGGAGUUUACGGAUGGGACUUAUGAUGACACUCCUUUGGAAGAGCAUAUUUCCUUGUUUCCAAGUUCAACAGAUGUUAAACAGGAUUCACCUCUUGCUCCCCCUCACCCUCCUUCCCCGCCUAUGCUUGAGGAAGAGCCUGUGGAAGAAGCACCGAAGACGUACGCUUCAGUGUUGCGGAAAAAAGGACACACUGGUCAUCAGGCUAUUCACUCCGCUCCUCUCAACAAGGCCAUGAUGGGGACUGCAGAGUCACAACAGGCAGUACAGUUGGCUCAGCAGUCUCAGUCAGUUCCAGUGCGUGAAAAAAUCAACUUGGACACCAAUCGGGUUGUUAGUGUCCCUGAGGAUGAAGAGUUUCUGUCAGUUUAUGUUGGGAAUCUUUCGCCGUCUACUUCAGUCUUUGAUCUCGAGAAGGCAUUUCAGACUUUUGGAAGAAUUAAACCUGACGGAGUUGCUAUUCGGAGUCGCAAGGAGGCUGGAGUUUUCUUUGGCUUUGUUGAGUUUGAAAACAUGUCUGGCAUCCAGAAUGCUUUAAAUGCAUCUCCAAUAGAGUUGAAUGGCCGUUUAGUACAUGUUGAGGAGAGGAGGCCUAACAGUGGUUUUCCUCGUGGUGGAAGACGGGGACGGGGAAGAACUACUGAUUUCUCAAGGGACCAAGAUGGCGGGCGAUAUGAUGGGGAGUAUGCUACCCGAUCAAAGGGAAAUGGGCACCAGAAAAAGGGUGGACGCCAAUAUGACAGCUACUACUAGUUUUGCACCUGCUCUGCUAGUGAAUGACCAUGAACCAUCGGUGUUCUGUACCUGUUGCAGCUCUGGGUAUAUUUUUGUUCAGUCGCUAUUAUCAGGAGAACUGGCUUUUGCUUAGCUGAUACUGAUGGGGUCUUUUUUGGACAGGCUUCUGUUACCAUUUUGUUACGUUAUGGUAGUUUUUGCUCCUCAGCUACCGUGACCUAUUAGAAAGGAUCAUGCUAUCUUCAGAUCGGUGUCCAUUGAGAACACAUUAGAAGUUUUCUAUGUCAGUGAACAUUUUCAGUAAUUUUCCUAGGUUGUCAUGUGUUAAUAGUUGGCUACCUUAUAUUGGCGCUGGUGGCAGACUUUGAACGCAACUAUUUGCUUUUAGCUGCUGCGGGCUGCAGUUGGCGCUGUUCCUGGUCUGCUGAUAAUUACUUAAUUAAAGCUUGCAUUUGUGAA